AUGGCCAAGUCCAAGAACCACACCACGCACAACCAGUCCCGAAAAUGGCAUAGAAACGGCAUCAAGAAACCUCGAUCACAGCGAUAUGAAUCUCUUAAGGGGGUAGACCCCAAGUUCCUGAGGAACAUGCGCUUUGCCAAGAAGCACAACAAGAAGGGCCUGAAGAAGAUGCAGGCCAACAAUGCCAAGGCCAUGAGUGCACGUGCUGAGGCUGUCAAGGCCCUCGUGAAGCCCAAGGAGGUCAAGCCCAAGAUGCCAACAGGCGGCAGCCGCAAGCUCAGCCGACUUGCCUACAUUGCUCAUCCCAAGCUUGGGAAACGUGCUCGUGCUCGCAUCGCCAAGGGUCUCAGGUUCUGCCGGCCAAAGUCCCAGGCCAAGGCUCCAACCAAGGCCAAGCCACCUGCAGCUGCGGCUCCAGCUGCCAAGGGUGCCCAGGCCCCCACCAAAGCUACGGAGUAG